GGUGAAUAUGUACACAAGUUACAGUUCACUGUCAAAGAAACAAGAAAGGGAACUCCACCCAACUGUUACAUCUAAGACAAAUAUGGCAGUAAAAAGGCAUGAUAAAACUGGACAAAUGCAACAAAAUUAUGGUGAUUGUCUUCCGCAGCUUUUAUAUGAAGAGUGGGCAAACUACAGCGUCUUCUACAAGUACCAGCCCCUCGGACUUGUGCGGAAGUACUUUGGCGAGAAGAUUGGUCUGUACUUUGCCUGGUUGGGUCUGUAUACGCAGAUGCUGAUUCCUGCCUCUCUGGUGGGGGUCAUUGUCUUUCUGUAUGGAUGUGCAACAGUCGAUGACAACAUACCAAGCAUGGAGAUCUGCCACCCAAAGAACAACAUCACCAUGUGCCCUCUAUGUGACAGAGUGUGCAGCUACUGGAAACUUAGCACUGCCUGCGGAACAGCCAGGGCCAGUCACCUGUUCGACAAUCCUGCCACCGUUUUCUUCUCUAUAUUCAUGGCUCUUUGGGGUGAGUGAACACAUCAGCUCACUCCAAAAUACAUUCAUACAAUCACUUUCCACUUA